GUUAAGUUUGGAUCCUUUCGGCGGUGUUGUACAGCAGAGGUCACCCUGAUAGAUAUACCGCUCAAAGUACUGGCAAACUUUACCAACUUCCACGGAAGAGCAAGUGACUGAACGUUUAAGGCUGGAUGACAAUAUGGAGGAUGUGCUGGUGGUAAGAAAAAGCUGUCAGUGCUAUGCCUACUCCAGAAGUAAAAAAAAUCAGAUGUUUUUGACGUUCAGCAAAUGCCAUGGCCAAUAGCAGGCUGUCCAAUGGUUCUGUAGGCUCCCCACCCAGACUGGGACUUCAAGUACGGAAUAAUUUACACGAUCAUGCUCUGAGUUGGACGGAUGACCUCCCUGUAUGUCAGCUGUCUGGGAUAGGUUUCUCCACCAAUCAGGUCUAUCGGGAGGAUGGCAUCCGACGAGAACUUCAUGAGUUUGAGGACAGGAGCUUCCACUUCAAACUUGAUGAUGACUGUUAUCUAUAUGGAGUAUUUGAUGGUCAUGAUGGCAGUAAAGCAUCAAACUUCACAUCUCAGAGGAUGCCGGCGGAGUUACUUCUCGGACAGCUCGGUGAAACUACGUCUGAUGAUGAAAUAAAAGAAGUCUUAAACCAGGCAUUUAUAGCUGUGGAAAAGAGUUUCUUUGAGUCCAUUGACCAUGUCUUUGCUGAGAAAACUACUAUUCAACUGCAACUCCCAGAGGGCCUGGACCACUAUGAUGCCUGUAGACAGUACCCAGAUAUCAUGAAUAAGCUUAAUGAACUGGAGAGAAACAUAACUGGUGGUACCACAGCUACUGUAGCUCUUAUCUGCCACAACAAACUGUACGUGGCAAAUGUCGGUGACUCUCGUGCACUGUUGUGUACGACAGAUGAUGAAGGCAUGCUGAGGGUAAUGCAGCUUUCUGUUGAUCAUUCACUGUUGAAUGAAGAAGAGUUGAAUCGCCUUGCUCAGCUUGGUCUGGACAUAGAACAACUAAAACAAUGUCGACAUGUGGGUAGCUCUGACAGCACACGUUGUAUAGGUGACUACCACGUCAAAGGAGGCUAUAAAGACAUAGAUAUACUCAGGAGUGCGGUACGAGAGCCGGUAAUAGCUGAUCCCUAUGUCCAUGGUGGGAUCAACAUUGACAGCUCAAGUUGUUUCCUUAUUCUCAUGUCUGAUGGUCUAUAUCAAGCCUUACAAGAUGCUAAGGGGUGUGAUCGUGUCAAUGUGGAAGUAGCACGAAUGGUGGCGGAGGAGUUUUCUGUUCAGUCUACAUUAAAUGGGGUAGCUCAGGCAGUUGUAGAUAAAGUUGCACGCAUACAUCACGAUACCUAUUUAACAAUUCCUGAAAAAAAGCAGCUGUGUCAAAAACGUGGAGACAUUACCUUGUUGGUGAGAAAUUUCAACUAUCCCUUAGCCAAUGCAGGAAGCCCAGCAGGAAGUGCAUCUUAUCAUCCAGUAUCCAUACCCUUUUAUCAGGGGCGGGCAAACAGCCAGCCCCCUGUGUCAGUCCCAAACUAUCUUCCAGUUACCACUACACCAACUUCUGAUUUAGACAUGAUGUCCUUCACAUCACCCCAGACACCUACUGCCGCGGGUACACCAGGUAAAGAUACUCUGACCUCGGAGUCCAGUAGAAGUGAAAGUGGUCAGUCGACACUUAAUACCUACGCUAGUACAAACUCUACCAGUACAAACUCCACCCAGAGUAGUGGAGAGACACGAUUUCCCAGUCGUUAUUAUCACACUACCAAGCUGGACUUGGAUGCAGAUGGUAAAAUAGAGGCUUACAUAGAUUUCUCUGAAUUUUAUCGAGCUAUUGAUGAACUAACAGAAGCACAGAGAGAAUCGCUCAAUGCGGAAACAAAACCUAAAUCACCAUAUGAGCCCAUCACAGAGGAAACUGAAUCGUUUGUACCUGAAAACUGAGUUUUUUGGAUCCAUAUAUUGUGAAUCACUCCAUGAUGUUCUGUAUGUGCUGUUUUGACAACAAUGUUUGUUAUUUAAUUGUACUUCAUUAAUGCCUAAUCAGUGUUUCAGUAUGGAAACAAUCACCCAACAAUGAUACUAUUUAUUGCAGUGUGUUUAGUCUAGUAUCAUGUGACCCAUGUUUUGAAUGUUCUUAUUUUAGUAAUCAAAUACAAAUGCUUGAACAAUGUUUAAUACAACUUCAACUGUAGAAAAUCGGUUUUAAUUAUUUUUUUGAGAGCUGAGUCUGACAGAUUAUGCAAUUUAAUCUUAAAAUUUAAUAUCAGAGUUUGUAUUAGAAAACAACUAUAUUUUUAUAUGCAUUACAGAUGGAAAGCUCAAUAUGUUUUGUUACAAUGAUACUUGACUGUAUACAUAUAAGUAUACAUAACUUUGCCAGUGUAUAACAAAUCAACCUGUACUAGGAGAUUGUGCUAGAAAUCACUCCUUUUAUAUAUGAUUAUACAUGCGUUGUGUAUAAAGUAAAACUUUGAUUUGUA